AUGGUAAGAAUCUUCAAGUUUACCAAGGUGUUUGAGCGGCAUCCUGGCAUUUUCUACAUUUCUAAGAAGUGUGACACCCAAACUGUUGUUCUAAGGGAAGCUUAUGACCGCCACAGACUCAUAGAGAAACACCCCCUAACUGAUAUCAGGGAAAGAUAUGCAAGUUUGAUGGAAAAAGGGUUUGUGGAUAGGAGCAGGGGGUUAUACAAGAAAAACAAGUGUGAGGGUCUAGAGGAGGAUCCUUUAGAGAGGAUUUCUGGUGGUGAACUCAGUGGAUUUCAAUAUGAAGGGGAGUCAGAUGAUUAUCGGUUUUCAAAAUUUUCAUCUAUACUGACGGAGAACUUUGAAAGUGGAAGAGAUAUCAAGAAUGUUACAGAAUUUGGAGCAUUAACUUUUCAGGUAAAGUGGUUCUUCUUACAAGCAUUCAACUGGGAGCUUUCCAAUGAAGGUUGUCAGACUUAAGAGGUCCUUUCUUUUGCAAGGGUCCAGACCAUUCUGCUGUUGAGAAAGCAGGACCUCGUCAUUCUCAGGUGGUGGUGAACAAUGCUGCUUGAGUUGUUGUGCCUUCUAUUUCCCAUUACUUUGGAACUGGGCAUGCGAGUGGCAUGAAAAAGCUAAGGCUGAUGGCAAUUUACAGAACUCAAAACUAUUGAAGCUUAUAUGAGUAACAGAAUGGGGAUGAUGACACCCAAGUCGCUCAAUGCAAAAAUGCUAAGGCAUACUUUUCUGGAGCAAAAGAGUAUGAUGCAGUCAAGCAGCUAAGGUAAGACUGAUCAUAAAGAAAAAAACUAUUUUGCAUUACUGAUUUAAAUUGUAGAACUGCAAUGUCAAAAGAGGUUGACCUGAAAUUUUCUGUAUUGGAUAACCGAGAAAAAUUAUUUUGCCUCAUAGCAUACCUUCUCUUACUAUAAGCAAUGUGCUAUUUCUGAGGUUGACUUGGUCUCACCUAUCAAACCAGUGUUAUUUUUAGGUUGAUUUUCUAGAUUAAUUGUGUAAUAGCAACCCAACAUAGCUCAAUUAAGCUCAUGUUAUUUGAAUUUGAAUUGAUGAUUGUUUGAAAGUAAUGAUCAGU